UCUAAAUCCAAAAAGCGAGAAAAGCCGACAAAACCCGUUCGUUCAGAGACAACUUUGCCGUAGCCCUCAUCCUGCGUUGUGAUUGCGUUUUCCUGCGUUAAGAAGACAGAUCAGAUUUACAGAACCAACUAGAAAGUCCAGUUCCACCAACAGAGAUGUCACAGGAGCCUGACAGUAAGAGGGCCGUCCUGGUGUUGCAGAAUGACCCCGGGUACGGUCAGCGUAGGACCUACACCAACGAGGACGAGGCGUGGAAGUCGUUCCUGGAGAACCCCCUGACUGCUGCCACAAAGGCCAUGAUGAGUAUUAACGGAGAUGAGGACAGUGCUGCUGCCCUGGGCCUCCUCUAUGACUACUACAAGGUGCCUCGGGAGAAGAGAACAAUACCCCAGGCCAAGACCGAUUCCCUGGGCCCCGACACAGAUCCCAACAAAAGGUACAUGUCAUUAAUGGCCCCUCUACAGGAGAGUUCCAUGGCAUCUGCUGACAGCCGGAUCCAGUUCUUGAAGGGUCCCAUCAACAUCCUCCUGCCCAACCAGCUGCAUGGCCAGGACCCCAAGCGGGGGGGGCCCUUCCCCUCCCCAGACACCACUGUCACGGUGUCCAUUGCCACCGUGCCCAACUAUCCCAGCGUGAAGACCGAGGUGCCCGCCCACGGCUUCUCUGUCACUGUCCCCAACAACUGUUCUGAGUCGGACAGCCACACGCUGGAGUUCGCCCGGCAGCUCACCCACAGCCAGUACAGCCCCAGCACCCAGCCACGGACCCCUGACUCCACCUUCCCAGAGACCUACAAGGACACUUCCCAGGAGGUGUUCUCCUUUCCGGGGGAUCUUCAGUUACGUAUGGCCUCCAUCACGCCUGAGGAGUACAGCUCUUUUGACACGGCGCCAGGGAAUAAUUUUGAAUACACUCUGGAAGCGUCCAAGUCGCUGCGUCAGAAGACAGGUGAUGGAACCAUGACGUAUCUCAACAAGGGCCAGUUCUAUCCCAUCAGCCUCAGGGAGAUGGACAACAGCAAAGGGUUGCAUCCCAUUAGCAAAGUCAGGAGUGUGGUGAUGGUGGUGUUCGGGGAGGAGAAGUGCAGAGAAGACCAGCUGAAGCACUGGAAGUACUGGCACUCCAGACAGCACACAGCCAAGCAGAGGUGUAUUGACAUUGCUGACUACAAGGAGAGCUUCAACACCAUCAGCAAUAUUGAAGAGAUCUCCUACAACGCAAUCUCCUUUACCUGGGACAUCAACGAGGAAGCAAAGAUCUUCAUCUCAGUGAACUGCCUGAGUACAGACUUCUCCUCUCAGAAGGGGGUGAAGGGCCUUCCGUUGAACCUGCAGAUUGACACGUACAGUUACAACAACCGGAGCAACAAGCCCAUCCACCGAGCCUUCUGCCAGAUCAAGGUGUUCUGCGACAAGGGCGCCGAGAGGAAGAUCCGGGACGAGGAGAGGAAGCAGUCUCGCAGGAAGGGCAAGUGCACCGACCUCAAUGCCAGUCUGGGAGCAUUUGUGGAUGUCAAAGUUUCCCUUCUUCAGAAGCGUAAUGACGUCACAACCUUCAAGAUGAUGACUGACUUUGAAACCCAGCCAGUACUCUUCAUCCCUGACAUCCACUUCUCCAACUUCCAGCGCCACACAUUCCCAAGUUCUGCAGAUGUGUUGUUUGAAAGAAGACUUGGACAUUUCGGGAAGGUUAAUGGCAUUGUGGAGGGGAAUGUGUUAGGACACUGCAUCUCCAGCCAAACAAUUCCCCAACCGUCUCCUCAUCAGCUGGUGGGGUCAGACAGGCAGUCAGAAGACAUAUUCCAGACACCACGCUCGCAGCUCGCAGAGUGGAACUUGCCAUUCUCCCAGGAGGAUGGAGAGGAAAGCUCGGGCAUGAAGAGGUUGUCCUAUGCCGAGGAUGAGUUUGGUUCCCCUCCAAAUAAGCUGGUCAGAACGGACGAGCCCAAGAAAGUUCUGCUGUAUGUGCGUAAGGAAGCAGAGGAGGUGUUUGACGCUGUCAUGCUGAAGAACCCCACAUUGAAAGGCCUGGUGGAAGCAAUCUCAGAGAAAUACAGCGUGCCACUUGAGAAAGUGGGGAAAGUUUACAAGAAAUGCAAAAAAGGGAUAUUAGUCAACAUGGAUGACAACAUCAUCAAGCACUACUCCAACGAAGACACCUUCCAUAUCUCUAUGGAGGAGAUAGCAGGCAUGUACAAACUCACCCUGACUGAAAUCUGAUUGGCCCAAAGGGAGGGGUGUGGAGUGACUGACAGCAUCAACGGCCAGUCCCCACACAGAGUAUCUUGUAAAUACGUGGGGUUUACACAUGGCUUUGGCUCAGGCUGAAUAUAGACAGAAUGUCUCGGACACUUUUGGCCAAAUCUCCAAUCCAAUAGGCAGGUCCCAGAACUGUUGUUAUUAUGAGAUGGUCAUCAGAACUGAGACCUGUGUGAUGGAUAAAGUACCUCCUUGCAUGUGACGGUACAAAGCCAAUACUUUUAUAUGAUGAUGACAUUGUGAUAACUGCUUCAUGUAUACUUUUGAUAAAUGUUCCAUGCUUUUGUAUAUAAGAACCUCUUUGCUGUGUGACAAGUGUUGUUUGUCACAGCACACAUCGUGUGUGGCAUUUCUGUGUGGCUAUACCUCAUGUUAUGCAAACAAAGCUUCUUCUCAAUAACUUUGUUUUUCUGGUGCACUGCUUUUAGAGUUAGCGUUAGCAUCAUUAGCAGAGUGGUUGGGGGUAUAUUUCCUUUAAGCCUGGUCUCAUGUGUUGUCCCUGUCCUGCUAACUCCUACGCAAAGGAUCAGGCCAAAAUGGCAAGACAGGGCGAACACAAUGGAGACCUAGAUAUCGUUAAAUUAAGACUUGCUAUGCGAAAUUUGUAUUUUAAACAGAGGGGAUCGAGUGGCUUGGCCGGCUCAUUGUAUUGUUACUAAACAUCCUGGCAGUAUUUAGUAUGUUUGUACACUACAAUCUUCCAGAGUCUGGCAGUUUCAGCAUAUGUCAGUACUGUAUGUGGAUUUCUGUACAGAAUCAAGAGCAGAGAUUUACCCUUACACUGCUUUGGCCCUUUCAUAAGUAUUACAUGUAAAAACAAUAACAAUUAAAAAGAUAUCAGCCCUUUUCUCACUUGGCUUUAGAUGGAUAGGUUUCAGAACAGGUUGCGAACUCAUAACAAAAUAGAUCUGAGAAUGUUCAUUAGUAAAGGAAGUGCGAGGAGUCAGAUUUCUAAGCUUAAAUGCAUUCAAAUUGACAGAUUUCCCUUUGACUGUUGGUGCACAUAUCAGUAAUGAUGCAAUAGCAUGAAAUGUGUGGACAUUUGAAAAUGUCAUAAAAAUGUGUCCUUAUGGAACUUCACAACUAAUGUUUUGUACCAGAGUACUUCAUGUGUAUAUAUUUAUUAAGAGAAUGGGAAAGGGGUGUUGUUGUUGUUUUUUACCAUAUAUACAUACAGUACCAAGCAGAACAUUACUACAACUCCUAAUAUAAUGUUUUGUGUUUUUAUAUGAAAUUGUUAUCUAACAUAGUAUUUACAGUAGGUAACGGAAAGUCAAGGCAGAGAUUAAAUAUACUAAGACGUCUUUAUUUUUGAAGUUUGUCCUGAGACGGUUACAUUUUGACUAUUCUGUCAUGUAUGAUAUAGCAUUCGACAUGAAAUAAAAAUGCUACAUAAGCUUU